UAAUCAGCGUCCCAUAAUUCCUCGGUGUGCUCGUUUGACCUCGCGGCGCACGGGAAGAAGAAGAAGGGGCUCACGCUCACGCUGUCUGCUGGUGCUGACAGGCUAACCAUUGCUCAGUUGAAGAUCAUGGCUGCUUCAAAGCCAGUGGAACCGCAGUCCGGGACUGGACUACCCCGAUGGCAGCUGGCACUGCUAAUCGGCACCCCCAUAGUGCUGGGAGCGGGGGCGGUUUACCUGUGGAACCGAAGAAGGACCAAGGAAGGGAAGGGGACCGGGGAGCGGAAAACACCUGAAGGCAGCGCCAGCCCCGUGCAGGGCCAGGACGGCGGAGCUCGGGACCGCGAGAACAUGAGCCCUUUGGAUCGAGCCCAGUCGGCAAAGAACAAGGGCAACAAGUACUUCAAGGCUGGCAAGUACGAGAACGCCAUCCAGUGCUACACAGAGGCCAUUGCUCUCUGCCCCACAGAGCAGAAAGCUGAUUUGUCAACGUUCUACCAGAACAGAGCAGCAGCCUACGAACAGCAGAAUAAAUGGACAGAAGUGGUCCAGGAUUGCUCCAAGGCUGUGGAGCUGAAUCCACGUUAUAUCAAGGCUCUGUACAGGAGGGCAAAAGCUCUGGAAAAACUCGACAACAAGAAGGAGUGCUUAGAGGAUGUUACAGCAGUGUGUAUUCUUGAGGCCUUCCAGAACCAAAAUAGCAUGCUGCUAGCAGACAAGGUGCUGAAACAGCUGGGAAAAGAGAAGGCCAAGGAGAAGUACAAGAACCGGGAGCCAAUGAUGCCUUCUCCUCAGUUCAUCAAGUCCUACUUUAGCUCAUUCACUGACGACAUCAUCUCCCAGCCCCUGCAGAAAGGGGAGAAGAAAGACGAAGACAAGGACAAGGAGGGCGAGGCAGCAGAGGUCACUGAGAGUUCUGGCUACCUAAAGGCAAAGCAGUACAUGGAAGAGGAGAACUAUGACAAAAUCAUUAGUGAAUGCACCAAGGAGAUUGAGUCUGGUGGUCGAUACACUGCCGAGGCUCUGCUGCUGCGGGCGACUUUCUACCUGCUAAUUGGCAACGCUACCGCUGCCCAACCUGACCUGGACCGGGUCAUCAACAUGCACGACGCCAAUGUAAAGCUACGAGCCAAUGCUUUGAUCAAGCGUGGCAGCAUGUACAUGCAGCAGCAGCAGCCCCUGCUCUCCACACAAGACUUUAACAUGGCAGCCGAAAUUGAUACACGCAACCCUGACGUAUAUCAUCACAGGGGUCAGCUAAAGAUCCUGUUGGACCAGGUGGAUGAGGCAGUGGGAGACUUUGACGAGUGCAUCCUUCUCAGGCCUGACUCUGCUCUAGCCCAGGCACAGAAAUGCUUUGCUCUGUACAGACAAGCAUAUACUGGAAACAACCCAGCACAAGUGCAGACGGCCAUGGAUGGAUUUGAGGAUGUUAUCAGAAGAUUCCCAAAAUGCGCUGAAGGCUACGCUCUUUACGCUCAGGCUUUGACUGAUCAACAGCAGUUUGGAAAAGCAGAUGAAAUGUAUGACAAGUGUAUUGAACUGGAACCAGACAAUGCUACCACAUAUGUCCACAAGGGUUUACUACAGCUUCAGUGGAAACAAGACCUGGACUUGGGUCUGGAGCUUAUCAGUAAGGCGAUUGAGAUUGACAACAAAUGUGACUUUGCCUAUGAAACCAUGGGAACCAUUGAAGUUCAAAGGGGCAAUCUGGACAAGGCAAUAGAGAUGUUCAACAAGGCAAUUAACCUAGCAAAGUCAGAGAUGGAGAUGGCCCAUUUGUACUCAUUAUGUGAUGCAGCAUACGCCCAAACGGAGGUGGCCAGAAAGUAUGGGCUGAAGCCUCCGACACUGUAACUCUGCCAUCUGAUCGCCAAGCUCAGUCUUCAUUGCUGAAUCUAGCUGUGUUUAAAAGUACGACUGUCUGAUUUACAUUAAUUUGUAAAAAAUGUCCUGGAUUAUAGUGGAGAACCCUGAAUGUAUAUAAAGAUAUACUGUGUUUACAUCACACUAAUGGGGUUUGUUAUGGAAACAAAGAAUUUCUAUUCACAAUCACAUGGAGGCUGCUCUGGGCCUCUAUGAUAAUUAAUCGGCUGCCUGGUUGAGGGUGGGCCUUAACCAACACAGCCCUUUGCUGAUACCUAAUUCAGAGUAUAAUUAUAAACCUUGUAUUGUUCCGAAUAAAGAGAAAGAUUUUGAGGGAAACAUACAUGAAGUGUCAUGUAUACCUUUCUAAACUAGUGAGUAUGUAAAACGUAGGAAAAUUAUGUGUUCAGUCUGUGGAACCAAUUACUGACUCAAAGGUUUUUGUGACACUUUUAAAUUGACAAAACAUACUGUGACAGCUUUGUAUAGUUCUAAUGGACUGUUCACCUUCUAAUUUAUGCUGUUCUAAAGUGUUUUUGUCCAGCUACUUCCAUAUUGUAACACACCUGACCAAUUCUGAAUGCAAGAUUAAAGUUAUAGUCAAAUGUGUAAUGUUUGUGUUUGUAAUGCUGAAAUUAUUCUCAUGAAUACAGAGAGGAUGGUUCAGUUUUUGUUUUUUUAUGAUGGGAUUGCCUGUUUUUUUUAAUAUAUACUUUGUGCAGCAUGUUUACUUUAUAAAUAAACAGAUACAUGCAUUGCUCGUGCUGUCUUGAACACUAGGAAGUCCCAUAAUAUAAGAUGCUUUGGCAUGGAGAACUUAACCAACUACUGUAUGUCUCUAGGGUUUUGAGCUGCCUUUAGCAUCUCAAUGGAUGGGAUAUUCAGUGAUAUAGUUUUUCCUAGUUUACUUUAAAACACUUUUUUUUUAAUUGUAUAAUGUUCAUUUUCUUGUUGCUUUUGAAUUCAUUUUUUGACAGAGCAAACUUUAAGAUGGUGGUUUUAUUUCAAUUAGAGAUUAUAUUCUAACAACUCAAGCCUUAUUUUUUCCAGCCUAUGUGCAGCCCUGGGAAGCUCUUGGUACAGUGUAUGAUUUGGACUGAAGUAGCAUUUGUACACAGUGAAGCAAAUAAAAUUGGCCUCUAUGGCUAAAUGUGUGUUAAUGUCGAAUAAUUCAAGCUCUAAAGUGUUAUUUAUGACAUUUGUUCAUGUAGCAGAAUAUUUCACUGAACAAAAGGUAACACCAAAGAACCAACUGAUGCACUUUGAGUUGUGGCUGGUGAGGACUAGUCAUAAAUUUAUCCUGCUUAUAGGGAAAAAGAUUUAGCCUUGGAAAUUGUUUUGCAGGUAAUCAGUAAAUUAUGGCUUUUUGGUGGAAGUUAAACUGCAGUUAUUCAUUCAAUUAUGUAAGAUGCCCAAAGUGAAGGACACAUUUGAUCUUAAUAAAGUAAUUACUCUUGAAAUUAAA